GUACGAGUGAACCACCUGUCGCAUAUUAUGCAUCCACACAUCUGCACUUGUGUCAACAAAAUAAGCUUUUAAACAUUUAUAUCUCUAUUUUCUACGUGUCCGCAGCGAAUGAAUUCGCUGCUUUGACGUCUAAUUGUGCUGUGUGCUGCUUUUGUUCACACAUACGACGUCUGGAGUCUCUGAGCAACACAGGGAGCGAUGAAUUUGCUCAGUUUUAUUUUGAUUUUUAUCUCCACUGGCCUUGUAGGAGUGCAUGCCGAAGAAGAUGGGUAUAAAUUUUUAUUGUGAUACGAAAUUCCGAAACUAGAAAACGUCCGCUAGAAAUUACCAGUUUUUAACAACGUUUAAAUUAUAUUUCUGCUAGAAUUGAAAAAAUUGCAAAAGGUUUAGGAGACAAGCUCGCUCAGGUGCUGGAAAAUUCAACAAAUUAUACGGAAUUGUCUAAUAUCCCGGUAAGUUUAUAUAGAGUUGCAAAAAUUUAUUCAUUCGAAACGUUAUACACAACUCAUUUAAUACGUUAUAUUUGAUUGAAAUUCUGUAACGCAUUCUUUUCAUGGCCUUAAUUGUGCCUAAUUCUAAAUUAUUUUAGAAGGAUGUUACCACAAAAACGUUGGAGGAAGCUCACAUAAAAAGUGACAUUGAAAAUUUGACAAAAUUAUUCGAAAGCCGAUUAUCCAUAGCUCAAGUAAGUGUUUGAAUUUCAUGUUGAUUUUCAAAUCUACAUUAUUUAAUAGAAAAACAUUGCCUGAUUAAGUGAAUAUGUGGAUAUAUAUGUGCCAGCUUGCUACAGUAAAUAGCAAAUAUGUGAAAAGACGACAUUUAACACAUUAAAUCGCAUCGAGUCCUAUGUGCCCUAGCUACUUUAUUCUUCUCUGUCAAGUUGUCAACCCCAAACGAUUUUACUCAUGAAGGGCGAACUCGCCAACUUAAUUAGUUUAUAUGCCAUGUGUCUAUAGUUGACUCAUUAAGUUGCAUUGCUCCCCAAUGUGCCCUAUGCUUAUCGAACACUGCACAAUAUUUCUUGUCAAGGGGGAGAGCACUAAGACCCUGUUUGCACGGUACCGGACAAAUUUGGAACCGGUCUGAAAUUUGGCCGUGUAAACACAUGAGAACCACAGAACCGGGCGAAUUUGAGACCCCCUAACAGGACGAAUUCAUGUGUAAACAGGCGAAAAAGGAUGAGUUUCAGACUGGUCCGGUACCGUGUAAACGGCGUCUAAACAACGGCUGGUAAUCGAGCCUAGGAGAGCAUUGGCACUCAAUCAGUUAACAUAAACCUCCAAAUAUAAGCCCUGGGCUUAUAUUCAUUCAUAAGCAUUUUUUGAUGGGCUUAUACAUGGAGGGCUUAUAUACAUGGAAGGCUUAUAUACAGAGGAGGGCUUAUAAUGUGCCUGUAAACUAUACCAUGAAUGAAAAGAAAUGUAAGUUACAUACAGUGCAUAACACAUGUAAUAAAACAAAUUGGUUAAUUUUAACAUAUAGUCAGGCUAACCAAUGUUAAGGUCCCUGCAUCUUUUGAGGGUGUAGUCUUUUGGAGAGGGUCUGUCCAAGACGCGUCGCAAAGGCCAAGAUAUAACAAUUUUGAUUGGGAGCUGCUGUAGAUCGUUUCAAAUUAUGUCCAGUAAGUCCUAUAUAGGCAAGGUGCUGAGAAUAACCCUACUCGCACACAUAGUGGAGAUAAUAUAUACAUACCUGAAAUCCCAUGACGGAUUGGGAUGGAAAAAAUUAUGGAAGCAGAAAAUUGCCAGAAAUGCCAAACUAGAAAUUGCGGUUGCCAUAGGGUAUUUUUAAAACACAAAACAAUAGACACUCCGAAAAUUGUAAACAUUUUAAUUCUUUACAUUUCGACUAUAAUUUAAGUCAUCUUCAGAAGAAGAUGAUGAGAUGACUAAGACAACCAUUGAUAGCCCUUGCAACCACUUGACCCACCUUGACCCUCUUGCAGUCAAUUUUUUGAAAUUAAUUAAUAAAGCAAGAUCAUUGCUUAGACGUAAAAAAAAAAUACCUGUGGUUCCGGUUCCCGACCGACCCUAUUUUUUUCUGCCGACCCUAUUAUUUUUUCAACGCGAUUGACUGUGCGACCCUAUUUUCUCCAGGUGGUUGCGGGCUGCUCGUACAGCGUGCCAAAAUGGCAUCUGUUGUCACACUAAUUAUUGAACCAAAUUGCCUAAAUUCGUCCAUAGGAAAUACUCAUCUCUAGUUAAUAUUGAUGUUGGGACUCUACUGCAAAUCGCCCAGCAAAAAACUGCCAAAACCAUGAAAAAAAUAUUCAAAAAAACAACUUAUUUCCGACCUACCGACCCUAAUUUUUUCACGAUAUGAAACCGGAACCACAGGUAUUUUUUUUUACGCCUUACUCUAUUUUUUGAAAUCCCCAAAUAUGACUCUAUGCCUAAUUACCUGGGAAUCCUACUCACAAUAUUUACUGCCAAAAAAAUCAAGGUGGCUGCCUUACUGCCACACUGAGCAAAGUAAAUGGAUGUACAAAACACACAUACUGGAACAUAAAAUAAACCUCUAAAUAGUAGCAGGCCCACCCCCAAGCAAUGAUCGCCAUAAAAAACUUGAACUACAUUUAACAAUUAGGUAUGUACAAUAGGCAAUUCCAGCUUUUAAUUUAUGUGUGCAGGUGGUGCUGGGAAGUAAGGUAUCAUAUUGCUGAUUAUGCUGAAAAAUUUCAAUAAAAACAACCGAAAUACCGGUAUUUUAAUAUUUACAAGACUUAAUAUAAGCUAUCACUCCGUGUUUACACGGCCACCAUUUUUAUCUUUUCAGCAUAAUCAGCAAUAUGAUACCUUACUUCCCAUCCCCCCUGCAUGCAUAAACUAAAAGCUGGAAUUGCCUAUAUAACUAUAACAAUCAGACCAUGAAAGCAAUGCUGUAUGGCAUGUAUAUACCCCACAAGGCAAAUUCUGGCAUGCAAACAAAACAAAAAAUAUAGCUAAUGCUGUGGGAUUGGCAAAGUCCUAACACAAGGCAUUAGGUACAGGCAUAAGGCACAGGCUAUAGGCAGAAGGCAAGGCUAUAGACAGAAGGCAAGGCUAUAUAUGUACUAGACAAAGGCAAGGCUAUAGGCAUAAGGCAAUACGGCAGGCAAAAUGCAAUGAUAUAGGGGUAGCUAGGACAAUGCUGUAGAUAAGGCAAUGCUGUUGGAUAAAGCACUACAAUAGACUAAGACAACCGUCUGGCAACAUGAAAUAUGCACACCACCAGCAUCAUGAUGGGCCGAUGCGUAACAAGCAUGGGAAGGGCUAAUGGAUAUUCCCCCAAGGGAGGGAGAGACAGGAUAUUUAGGCAUGAUGUCAACAACCCCUUGUCCCAGGGCCCCCAAUAACGCUCUCAUUGCCAUCUGUUAACUAUACUGUAUCUUUAUGAAAUAACAAGAAAUUAUGCAUUUCUUAGGGUGCAUUGUCAAUUAUUGUGAUCACAAUACAUUGUUGAUCAUUGUGAUUACAAUACAUAUAUCAUAAGCAUGUUUUGGUUUAUAAAUUUCCAGAGAGGAGAGGUCCGAGUGAUCAAUAUAUCAUGAUAAAAGCGACUAGUAUAAGAAAGGAUUGUCAGGCAACUGUAGAUAGAUAUGUUAUAUUAUAUAACUUAUAUGUACACUCUAAAAACACCCUGGUUCAAAUUUCCCUGGGUAACUUAGAAAUGUACCAAUACACCCUUUCGAUAAUUACGUCACAACUACACAGUUUUCAACUUAGGACCACCUUAAAUGGAAAGAAUUUCAAGUUUUUUUCUCAUGGGCUAUGCACAGAGAAGCAGAACAUCCUUCUUCAACACAUGCAUGAAAAAGAAUUCUUUAUUUUGACCAAUAAAUGUGGAAAUAAGCUUAACACGAAAACGAGGCUCCUCGUUUUCGUGUUAAUGCUUAUUUCCAUAUUUAUUGAUCAAAAUCCAAAAAUAGUUUUCAUGCAUGUGUUGAAGAGGGAUGUUCCGCUUCUCUGUGCAUAGCCCAUGAGAAAAAACAACUUGAAAUCCUUUUCAUUUAAGGUGGUCUUAAGUUGAAAACAGUGUAGUUGUGACGUAAUUAUCGAAAGGGUGUAUUCAUAGGGUGUAUUGGGUUAAUUUAAUAUUCCUGGUGUAAUUUCCUGGUUAUUUUAUCUCACUUCCUACCAUAGUCUGGUGAAUGUAACCAUGAAUCUGGGCUUCCUUAAUGUAAUUUCCUGGUUAAAUUAUCCAGAUUAUAUGUAUAUGUUACUGGCAUUAUAAUAGCUCAUUUGUAAAUUCUGAACACUGUUUGGCUAAAGAGCCGUGUUGACAUAACUCAAUGUCAAAACGGAAAAUUUCUUCCUUUAUAUUUCUUUGUGCUAUAUCAUAAAAAACUAUAAAACAUUUUUCCGUACUGACAUACAGUUCGAUCUACUCGUUUUCCCAAUUUCCACUCGUGUUGAUAUAACUGUAUAUCAACACGGAAAAUGUUUUAUAUAUUUGUUAAGUAUGGCAUAUUUAAUAUCAUAUAUAACAGUAUUUAAUAUCAUUUAGAUAGAUAGAUAGAUAGUUUAAUGAUCCCAAAAUUUACAGCCAAAAUUGAGCUGAAUUAGAUUAGGAAUUUACAAUAACAUCAAAAAUACAAUUAAAAGAUCUAAGUACGACUAAACUAUGUACAAUUACUAUAAAAAAAGCUGUUCUGAAGUCUGUUAGUUUUACAGACAGGAACUUGAAAUUUACGAGUAUUCCUAAGCUUAAAAUUACAUUUAUUUAACUUCGGUAAAAAUCGAUAUAGUUUAUGUUCUGGAUUAUUACUAAUUUCCUGAAAAAGGUUAGUUGUUUGAGUCUGUCUACGAAUAUACACUGUCUCUAAUUUAGCGAGUUCUAAUGCUUCAAAAUAAGAAACAAAUGGGAAAAUAAUUCUCAUGGCGCGCUUCUGUAGGGCUUCAAGUUCAUCAGACAAAUAUUUGGGCAGUGAAUUAUGGUAGACAGGGCAGGCGUAUUCCAUGGCGGGCCGAAUGCAUGGGAUGUAAAAGAUUACCAGAUCCUUAUUUGCGACUCUUGCUCUCUUCAAUUGUCUGAGGAAGUAGAGUCUUUUGGACACUUUUCGCGAUAUUUCCGAUAUAUGGUGGUUCCAUUUCAGGUCACUCGUAAUGUUCAAUCCAAGUAGCUUGACACAUGAAACUUGCUCGAUAGCUUUUCCAUUAACGAUGAUUGGGUUGAAAUCUGCAGGCGACUUUGCAAACGAUAUUCGCAUUUCUUUACACUUUUUUUCAUUUAAUUGGAAUUUAUUCUCACCCGAUUUUGUUAUAAGCUCAUUAACAUCGUCUUGGAUUCUACUUGCCUGGUUCUUUGCAACAUUUUCCGCGAUUGUAGUAUCAUCUACAUAUUUCCAUAGAUCUGUGUUGGUGACAUCGAUAUCAUCGACCAUUAAGGCGAAAAGCCACGGGCCCAGCUUGGUCCCUUGGGGUACCCCUGCUGGUAUAUCACCCCAUUCAGAUUUACAGUCCUGACCAAGUUUAACCCUUUGCUUGCGAUUCUUAAGAUAGUCUAAUAUCCAGCUCAAGAUAGAAUGCGGUAAGUUGAGGGUGGACAACUUAGAAGCCAGGAUACUGUGGUCUAUCAGGUCGAAUGCUUUCUUAUAGUCGAAAAGUACGACCCGCACUGCUGAUCCAGAACCGUCAGUAUGUUUGGUCCAAGUAUGCACCAUGUUGAGUAAAGCUUGCGUAGUGGAAGAUUUCGGUAUACAUCCGAAUUGGUUAUCGUUGAUCUUCUUUAUUACAGCCGGUCGCACAUGCCCCUCUACAACAAACUCUUCGGCUACUUUGGAUAGAACCGGUGUUAACGAUAUUGGGCGUAAAUCUUUGUUAAUGUCCCGGACUUGUUUCUGUUUAGGAAUAGGAACAAUAUCGGCACUUUUCCAUGAUGGAGGGAGACGUCCUUCGCUAAAGGAAGAGUUGAUAAUGCUUGUUAUAGGAGCCAAUAAUAAAUCGGCAUUCUCCUUAAGCAGCCAAGCUGGUAUGCCAUCUGGUCCGGUGGCUUUCUUUGGAUUGAGGGAGGAGAGCUUUAAAUAAACCCUGUCGGCGGUGACCAUGUAUGGAACUGCUGAUGGUUCUGCAGAUGGGUCAUUAUGCUGGGGAUCAUAAUCAUUCGGCAAGGGUUCAAAGAUACGCAUUGGAGAUAAAAAGGCUUCGUUGAUUGUUUUCGCCAAAACUUCGUCUUCGGGGGUCCCAUCAGAACACUGAAGAUGAUUUGCAAGGUCACUUAUGCUAGAGGACAUGGAAGAUAGGCCACUUAGUUUCUUGACUUCACUCCACCAUGAGGAUGGAUUACAAUCUUUCAAAUGUGCCACUUUAGGCAGCGUUUACACUGUACCGUUUUCGUAGCGUUCUCGUAUUGUUCGAGAGAACUAGACUAUUGUCUUGCGUUCCCUUGAGGAUUAAGAACAAUACGAGAACGCUACGAAAACGGUACAGUGUAAACGCUGCCUUAAGGCCGGAUUCCACGAGGCGGAAUUUUUCGACCGAAACGAAAUUUCUCUUUGUCUUUUUACAAUUAGUUCUGCUCGAGAGCUCAUGUAAAGGCGGUUUUCCACUAGGCGAAAUUUUUCGACCGAAUCGAAAUUUCUCUUUGUUUAUGAGCUCUCGAGCAGAACUAAUUGUAAAAAGACAAAGAGAAAUUUCGUUUCGGUCGAAAAAUUCCGCCUCGUGGAAUCCGGCCUUAAGGCGGUUUUCCACUAGGCGAAAUUUUUCGACCGAAUCGAAAUUUCUCUUUGUUUCAGAGCUCUCGAGCAGAACUAAUUGUAAAAAGACAAAGAGAAAUUUCGUUUCGGUCGAAAAAUUCCGCCUCGUGGAAUCCGGCCUUUAGUGUCAUAAUAUUUCGCUCUACAGGUCUUGCGUUCACGGUUCACUCGAUUUCUGAGAAGACGGAACGAUGGAAGGUUACCUUGCAUGAGAGCCCUCUGGCGACGUCGAAUGAGAUCUUUCAGGGUCGAGCUGACCCAAGGUGGUUCGCCGGGAUAUAUCGUUUUAGAUCGUAAGGGUAAUACAUAAUCCAACCCCACUUGAACAAUUGAUUCAAGAAUUGCAACUUUUUCCGCGCAGGAGUUGACCGUAUUAGUAUGUGCAUUAACAUCAACAGUCUCGAGAUACGAACUCAACGCGAGACGAUUGCUCGGUCUAAGGUCUCUUGAUUUAAUGGUUCGGCGCUGGUCUGGCAGCUGCAAUCUAUUCUUAGGUUGUAUUUCGACUGACAUGUGGUCAGAUAAACCAUGAGGGGAUCGUUGGAUAGGAUCUUUGUAAAAUUGCUUUAGAUUAGUUAACACUAAGUCCAGGGUUCUGGAGCCGCGUGUUGGAAAAUUUACAAUUUGCUUAAGGUUGUAGUUGUUUCUCAGCCUGGAAAUAUUCAACCUGUUAAAGUCACCAACCAACAAGAUUCCGCAGUUAAAGAAACGAGAUUCGAUCAAUGAGAGGCAUGAAUAAAGAUAUUGCAGUAAAUCCCGGUCAUUAGCACUUGGCGGAUGGUAAACAGUUCCUAAAACAAUAGAGCUGUAUCCCCUUGGGAGUCUCGCCGGUCGUAACGUUAACCAGAGAACUUCAUAGUUUGGGUUUUGCAGAUCAUCUAGGAGGGCAAAAUUGAUGUUAUUUUUAAUAUACGUACAUAUGCCACCGUGGUCAAUGCCAAUUCUGUCUCUCCGCACCCCGCUAUAACCCCCAAUGUCGAUUAUAUUGUCGUCAAUAUGGCUUUUAAGCCACGUCUCUGUUAUGCAAAUAAGGUCCACAUUGGCUUGGCUUACAAAAUGCCGAAUUUCAUCGAUCUUCGGGGCCAAGGACAUAACAUUUGAUAGAUAUAACGACGGAACAAAAGUUGAUGGAGAUCUCCUCCUAUUUGCAGGUGGUUCCACGUUGAUUUUUAUGCAGUUAGCAAUGUUAUGGCGCCGUGUAUGAUUCCGUACGGAUACGUUUUGGUUGACCGCAUGGCGUUGAAUAACUUCAAUUUGAGCUCGAUGUCGUAGAUUUCGUUCCAGAACUGCACGACCCGCUCUAUUUCCACGGUAUUUUGGCCAUUUAGGUUUAAUAAUGUUUUUAGCAAGGCUUACAAGUCGAUGGUUAACUUCAAACAACAUUUUAAAACAUCAAAUAUAUAAAAUUUAGGAGAGGUAUAAAAAUGCAGCCAUCCAUGCGGCGCAUGGCGCAUAUAUAACGGUAUAUAUCGUUUUUGCGUAAAAAUUGGCUUAAAAUGAUGAUAUAUAGUUUGACAGUAUAAGGCAGGUCAAAUUCAUGCCAUUAUCUAGUACCGCAUUUAUUCGUUUAAACGCCACGGUGCUCUAAAGUUAAAUAUUUAGUGUUUCGAGGAGACAGUUUUUCUUGCAGUUGGUUGAAAGACAAAUUAAAGAAAGAAAAGUUUGGUUUAGGAGAAGAUAAGUUCAAGUUAUAUCAGCGUCUAUAUACUUAGAAACACUGCAAAACAUUAUUAGAACACCAACACAGAAAAACUCAAAAUAAGUACAUGCCUAAAAAUUGAAAAUUCCUAAAAUAUUGAAGUUUACUGUUGAUUAAUUGUUAUGAACAUUAAUUAAUUCAACAUGUUUCCAUUGAUCAAUUACGUUUGUCUGCUUAUUAGAGGUUAUUCGGCUCAUUGGUGACUGGUGAAUAGGGGUAAUACGCCAGAAGGCGAAUCGUACGCGAUGGAUCAUGAUAAUGUUUGUAUAUGUUUGUAUGUUUUGUUGGUAAUUGUAGUCGUUAAUAUUAUUAGUUGAUAUUAAACUUGAUGUAUUAUAAUGGAUCCACAGUAAAUGGCCGUAGCUGUUGCGGUUUCCAAGCCAGCUGAUGCAUGUUGAGGCAAAGUGUAAUAAAUUAUAUGAAUUAUUAUAAAUUGUAAUGAUGAUGUUUUAGUGUAAGGAAAUCAUUGGGUCCGGAGGUAUAUGCCCGCUUAAGAUGGGUGUCCAUUAAAUAGGGUUCGACUUAACCAAGAAAUGUUAUCAAUAGAAUGAAACACGUUUCGAAUGUUAUAUUUUCGUUCACUCCCCCCCCUUUGAUGAAGACGAGUUUUUACAAAAUGUCAAACUCAUGCUUCGUCGGAUAUGCUAAUUCGGGAGAGUUUCAAUGGCUGUGAUGUUGAAUUAAACGUAACCUGAAGUUCAGGCCCUAUCACAGAAUAGGGCCUGACACAAAACCUAUCUAAAGUGUGGGAUUCCCGUCCACCUGGUGGACGGGAAAUCUGAUUGGUUGAUCAGCAUCAUGAAGGAUUUUGAUUGGUUGCAAGUUCACAUAAACAACAGUUUUAAAAAUAGCUCGGUCAAGGCGAGAAUUAAUCCAUUAUCGAUUUCUUCGAAUUUCUUUUCUUUUAUGCUUUAUGGCAGAAAAUAAAUCAAACAAACAGUAUUUUGAAAGGGCUUCAUCAAAAUCUUUGACGAAUUUGGACACACACGACGCUGAAAGAACAGCCAAACUAGUCAUGUAUUCGAAAGCUUGUUGUUGACAGCCAAGAUGUUCUGCCAACUUGCUUCGCCGGCAAAAGUCUUAUUUUUAAUAUCAGGUCGUACCGUCGUAAUUGUUUUCUGAGCUACAUCGCCUUCUUCGUGGUAUGAUUGAGAAUUUAAUUGUUGCUGUUAUUAGCCCGUUAGUCGUUAGAGUAUAUCCGCGUCCAGCAAGUUGAGACCUUGAGAAAGCUUGGCAGUCAAGCCGUGCACAGAACUGACUAAUUAAAUCUUUGUUUGCUGUUCGCCUGUUCGGUUAAAUAGAGAAACUGACUCUUAAUUAUAUAAAAGUACCUUGAAUUUUUAAGUUUAAUUAAAAAGCAAAAUGCUCUGCGGACAUGUUCAUGAGAAUAUAAUUUUUUUGUGUAACGAAAUCUACAACACUUGUCAAUCAUAUUGCAUGUGUGUCUAAAAAUAACAUGUGGGCGUCCCACGGUCUAGACAGGUUUUGUGUCAGGCCCUAUUUCAAAUUAGGGCCUGAACUUCAGGUUAAAUUAAACGCUGCUUUGUUGUGAAUAAAGCCGCUUUUAAUAAUAAAUUUGUAAUAUAUGAAGCACUUAAACAAGGCGGUUCUUAAUGACUAUAAAUAUACUGUAUAGUAUACAUAGUUAUCAACAAAACCGCAAUAUUAAUUUCUAAUAUUCAAUUUAAGAUCAAGCAACUUCAGUGAGCAAAACGUAUUUUUUCAUUCUUCUAAUAUCUGGAUAAGAUUGGUUUUCACCAGAAGCUUUGACAAAUUUUAUGGGGUUUUUCUUCUUUUUCUAGUUUUGCUAUAAUAUCACAAUCUGUAACAGUGAACUUAAAUUAAUAUUAUGCAAUAAAAAGAAGAAAUUUCUUUGUAUAUUUGUCAUGAUAACGAGCAUGAAAAUAAUCUAGGAUAUAUUAAUUUCCUGUUAUGUCAAAAUCAUCUACAAGUGCAUGUACCCACUUGAGACAUUUGAGACACUUGAAACUCAAGGCAGAAAACACUACGGGACUGCAUUUUAAUCGAUUUAGAAGGCGUGCAAUAUAGUGACUGUUAAAUUUGUAGAGCAUUGCAUACCCCAUAACACAUGCGCAGUAUUUGAAAUGCAGUUUGGUCUUCGUGUGCAUGAACGCGGCACCGUCUGUAGGCUACCUUUAACUUAUUUUCCCGACUAUUUGAGCUCGUUUUGCGAAACCUUGUCGAAACUAGUAUAACGGCUUAGCCUUAGUAUGAAAAGACGUAAAACAUGGCGUCAUUAUUGAUGGAUCCAGCAUGAUGCUCUGCCAGCUCAAGUCGCUUGCUUGACUAUUGUAUUUGAAUUGUAAUUGUUGUUCACAGUUUGCUUGUCAUUAUGUUGUUAUACUCAAAUUACUGUAUCUCAUCUCUCUAAUAUUGUUUUGCUUUAUCAUGAAAAUUAGCACCCCUCCCCCAUGCCCCCUCCCAGUAAAUCCAUGUGGUUUGAACUUUAGACAAUUUCUGACAACAAUUUUACGUAUAUGUACGUUUCGGCUAUCAUAUAGCUUUCGUCAUGCAGUCGGUAUAUAUAUAAUUAUUAUAUAAAUUUGUCUUUACAGCCUUAUAAACUUAAUAAUAAAAGAAAACUGAUAAAAACGAAAUCUUAUAUAUAUAUUUUUAGAAAAUGGCGGAGUAUGCUGAGAACGUUUAUGCAAAACACAUUACGAAAGAUAAUCUCGAUGAAAGUGUAAGUAUAUAUUGAUUAUUGUCGCAUAAAAAGCCUGAUGUAAAAUGCAUUUGCAGAUAUAAGUGUCAAGUUUUCUUUCGACACAGAAAAUGCUGUUCAUUCAGUUUAUCCCUUUUUUUAUGAAAUGAGCGCAUCGGCGUACGAGACAGGACGAUAGUGCCCCCUCCUCCCGCUGAAAGGAAUUAGAAAACGGAGGAAAGUUGGAAAAAUGCUGGGGAAUUAUUAAAAUUCUCCAUAAAAAUUCGGGCAGACAUUUCAGUGACCCCAUGCAGGAUAGGAUCGGUUCCGUACUCUUAUGAAUGAACUUAAUGAUUUUAAUAAUAAUUUAUUUGAUUUACCACAAAAAAUAUAUAGAGAGAGGAUAUUACACGACGGCGCGAAGAUAUGACUUUUAUUUUCGAGUGGUGGAAACAAUAUUUUACGAACGAGCGCAGCGAGUGAGUAAAAUAUUGUUUUUAACACGAGAAGAUAAAAGUCAUAUCUUCAAGCCACCGUGUAUAAUGUUCUGUUUAUUAUAUAGUCCCAAGCAAAAAAUUGUGAAAUUUCACGCUCAAAAGCAAAUUGGAAAAAGUCACGACGUGACGUGAUCGAUAUCUUCACUAGUGAUGAUAUAUGGAAAAUAUCGAUCACUGUGUAUUUUUCAGUAUCUCACUCUCUACUAUAUAUAAUAAACAUAAUUAUACAAGUAUACCAACAAUCAACGAGGUAGCCCAUGUAUACAAGCCUUAUGGUUUCUAUUUGGGCUUUCCUCACCACAAUUAUUUUUGUAGCCUAUAUGUAUAAUUUUUUUUAUACACAUACAAAUUAAAAUAAUUGUGCUGAGGAAAGCCCAAAUAGAAACCAUAAGGCUUGUAUACAUAGGCUACCUCGUUGAUUUCAGAUUAAAUAAUUCAUGUGCAUGAUACUAGGGCAAAGAAUCAGAAUCACAUUUAUUUCACACCGGGUAUUUAAACUAAGGAUAACAUUCAGCAGAAUUUACUAAGUAUAUAUAGUUACAAAACCAAACCCACAUAUUAAAAUUACUAUAUUAAACAAAGUUAACGUACAGUGAUCAAAGUUAUUAUAUAAAAGUAUAUGACGGCGACAUAACAGAACUGUGUAAGUAUUUAUAUUUGCGAAUAAAUAAGGAAUUGACUAUACCUAUUCUUAAAAUUAGAAACUAAAUUUGACUUUUUUAUAUGGUAAGGAAUUGUCUCCCAAAUUUUUGAUGAAAUAAAUCUAAAAGUAAAGACUCCAUAAUUUGUUCGAGCUUUCGACCUAAUAAAAUCUGCCUUUUAGAUGUUCGACUUUAAGAAUGGAAUGAAUAGAUAGUCGAAUAAGAAUGGUUGAACCAAAUUACUAAAUAUGUUGAAGUUAUAUGUAUUAACGAGAAGAAAGAAACGACCUUAACUUAGAUUGAAAAUUAAAAAUAGAAUAGAUGAUGAAUUAUACGUAUAUCGCGGGAUUGAACGUAUUGAAAAAUUUUGGUUCUUGAUAAUUAACAGAAAAUUGAUGAGUAUUUGUCCUGCAAUAAAGGACAACGCAUGAAUUUAGAUUUCAGUUGCUAAAAUUUUGUUCAAGUUCUUAGUGAAACCAUUUCCUUUUGUAUCAAAAUACGAAAUUAUAAACUUCAUGCAUUCUGUAUUAUAUAUGUGCAGUUGCAUGAGUAACAACUCAAGCCUGUGUUUGCAUAGGUUCAUUGUUCAUUUGUUAUGACCCAUAGCAGGUCUAUAGUAGUAUAGAACUGCAACGAUAUGAUAUGUAACGAUCUUUCCCAUCUAUAUUAAAAAGGAAUAAAUAGAAGAUUUUAGACGGUUGCGAGGAGAUAUGGAUUUUAUGUUCGAGUGGCAAAAACAAUAUAUAUAUAUGAGAUAUUGUUUUUAACACGAGAACAUAAAUCCAUAUCUUCUCGCAACCGUUUAAUGUUCUGUUUAUUAUAUGGAAUUAUUCAGAGUGACAAUUAAAUACACGCAAAGAGGACAUGUAAAUAAGCACACGAAAGACCAGUAUAAAAGCGAUAUUUUUUAAAUUAUAGUGCAAACAUAAAACUAGAAUAAAUUUUACUUAUCUCAAGAUAUCUUUUAAAUGUUUUCGUUUUAUUCCCAACGUUAAUUUCGUUUUCAGUAUAUACGAACCAAAGACCAUUUGUAUUUUCCGCAAAACAACAACAGUCAACAAUGAAAAUGGCGGGAAAUUUUCGAACUUCGUAUGUCACUCGCAAGCGUGAAAUACGGAAAAUACGCGCAUCUGGUCCCGGAUGUAGUGGCAUAUAUGCAGAGUUCUACGAGUGUUUUAGUUUCCAUAUAAUAAAUGUUAUUAUUUUACAGUAUGUUUACUUCGAUGCUGUUGGAGGGAAUGUUUCGACGCUAAUCGAUAAUCUUGAUGGAUUUUCUGAUGGUGUCACUUUCACCACAAGUGCUGUUCAAACGCCUACAGAUCUCUACCAGUACAGUAUGUUGAAUUUUCUCUCUUAA